AUGUCGGAUUCUAUUUACACUCAUGAAUUUCUUCUAGAUCCUAGUUUAGAGAUUAAACAGGAGUCAUCCUACGAAUUGGGUGCAAUGUCAGCAUCCGUGCCUAUUCCACAGAGGCGCAACGAACUUAGUGAUUUUAACACAGACAUUGACUUAUGUUUACAAGAUAAUCAAGUUGGAUCUUUUCAUAGUGUUCCUACUUUACCCUAUAGCAAGUUAUCUUUUGACGCUGAUUCUUCAAAAAUGGAACAGUUCAAGAUGGAAGACGAUGAUAUAUUCCAAGUUGACAAAGCAGAUUUAAUAUUAGGACCAACAUUGGCUGAAUUAAAUGCAAAUCCAGAUACUUCUCUGGAUGAUUUAAAUUUCGAUGAUUUAUUAUUACCUGAAGAGAGUGGAUAUUGUAUACAAAUAGGUGGUGCUAUGAGUGGGUCAAAACGCUCAAUGAAUACAUUACAAACUUCAAACAUGAUGUCAACAGAGAGUCCAUGUAGUCCUUAUAGCCGUGCUCAACUUGCCUUCUCACCGUCAAGUCAACAUAGUUCAGCCUCAUCGAGUUUUGUUCCACCUAUUAGUCAAUUACCAGAAUUACUACUCCGAAUGGAUGGUUACAGUGGUGAAAUUGCUUUAGGUCAGUCUGUACCUGCAUCUUCAGUCUUGCCACCAUAUCCACACAGUGUAAAAACUUCACAAUCACAACUAUCAUCUUCAGCACCAACACACCUAACAAUGGAACAGAUAUGGCAGCGUCGGGAACCCCGCAAGCAUCUUUUGUCAACAAGUUCACUAGCUGAAGCUGGCUCAGCAUCUUCAUUAUCUGGUGGACUUCUCAGUCCAGGAACUGGAGAUUUUUCACAAGAUGAAGAUGAUAGAGAUAUUGAGUCUGAUGAAGACAGUGACAGAUAUGAAGAUCUUUCUUCUGAUGAUUCUAAUGAUGAAUGUCCAGAGAGAAAAGAGGCUCGGCAUAAUGCAAAAAAGGAAAGGUACUUUUGGCAGUACAAUGUACAAGCUAAAGGACCGAAAGGACAACGAUUGAUUUUAAAAAAGAAAUCAGAAGACCCACAUGUUCUUAACUUAGUAACAGAUCCUGUUUUCAGUCCCAAUUGCAAUGUAAAGGGUAUAAAACACAGUGGAAAAGCAAGAAAAGGUGAUGGGAAUGAUCUUACACCAAAUCCAAGGAAGUUAUAUUUAAUAGGAUUGGAGCUAGAUAAAUUGGGCAAAAUCAUUAAUGAUAUGAUUCCAGUGAGUGAGUUGCCAUUUAAUGCCAGACCAAAGACAAGGAAAGAAAAAAACAAAUUAGCUUCUAGGGCUUGUCGGUUAAAGAAGAAAGCUCAACAUGAAGCUAAUAAACUGAAACUGUAUGGUCUACAGCAAGAACAUAGGCGACUAAUAAGUGGAAUUAACAAAAUGAAACAAAUUCUUAGUAAUAGGGUGACCAAUCCAGAAAAUAAUGUGGACUGGUCUUCUCACAUGAAUGAAAUUGUUACUACAGCAACAGAAAUCAAAAUAGCUGGAAAAACAUCAGAAUUUGUUAACAAAAUUCUCGACAAUGUCAAGUCAGGCCAAAAUAAUGGAGGCUUAAAUGACAUUCAAAAG